GCGAUAAUUUUCCGUACAUUUAUUUUUUGCGCGAUGGGUUUUCGCUGCUGCUAAAAUCGGCAGCUCUCGCGAAGCUGCCAAAAAGGAGGAAAGGGAAUCAAAUCUCUUAUUUUGGGCCUCGUAGGCGAUAUUUCUACACAGUUUUGGCAUGAGAGAUAGAUAAAUUAAUAAGGAACAAGAUGCCGGUGCUAGUUUUUCUAAUAGACACCAGUGCUUCGAUGAAUCAGAGGACACAUUUGGGCACAUCACUCUUGGAUAUUGCAAAGGGAGCUGUCGAGACAUUCAUGAAGCUUCGCCUUCGAGACCAAGCCAGCCGCACGGAUCGCUACAUGCUGGUGACGUGCGAUGAGUCCCCGGCUACAAUAAAGGCUGGCUGGAAGGAGAAUCCUGCAGUCUUCAUGACUGAGCUGAAGAACCUUCAGGCCACCGGUCUCACAAACUUGGGUCAUGCCCUCAAGAUGACCUUUGACCUUCUGAAUGUCAACCGUCUCUACUCUGGAAUUGACAACUAUGGCCAGGGUCGGAACCCAUUCUACCUGGAACCAGCCAUUGUCAUAGCAAUCACUGAUGGACAUAGACUUUCAAGCAACAGCGGUGUUCAGGAUGAGCUAUCGCUUCCGAUGAGCCACGUCCUUCCCGGGAGCGAACUAACGAGGGAGCCCUUCAGAUGGGACCAGCGGUUGUUCGCUCUGGUGCUGCGCCUGCCGGGGGUCGCGGGAGAGAAGGAGCGGAUGGGGCCGACGAGUAGCCUGGUGAAUACGGAUGACUCUCCCAUAAGCAGCAUGUGCGAGGUGACGGGAGGUCGCUCUUAUAUGGUGAAUUCUAUGAAGACCCUAAACCAGUGCCUUGAGUCCCUUGUCCAGAAGGUCCAGAGCGGUGUGGUAGUCCAUUUUGAGAAGUUUGGACCAGAUCCUAGCCUGCCUAACGGAGAGAUGAAAGCUGGAGGACGCCAGUCCCCUCAACCACCAGAGGUGGAGCGGGAGGGCACGCCACAGCCGCUGGAUGCUCAGGGCACUUUGGGGGUGCCCCCUAAUGGGCGUAACGGGGCACCGUCCCCUACCCCCCAGGAUACCUCGUGGUACAGCUGCCGUAGGAUGAUCCAUGUGAGACCCAACCCUAAGAGUGGUGUACCCAUGGGACACUGGCCAAUCCCUGAGACGUUCUGGCCUGAUCCACAGGCACCUGCGUUGCCCCAGCGUGUAUCUCACCCAGUGGUAAAGUUUACCUGUACCAACUGCGAUCCAAUGAUUCUUGAUCAACUUCCGUUUGAUAAGUACGAGCUAGAACCCUCGCCGCUGACACAGUACAUUUUGGAAAGAAGGAACCCUAAUUCCUGCUGGCAGGUUUUCGUACCCAACAGCAACAAGAACGGUGACAUCAUGGGUCACCCGUUUGGCUUCCUGAAGGCGAGCUCCAACCUCUCGUGUGUGAACCUUAUCGUAAUGCCGUACAACUACCCCACCCUGAUCCCUCUCCUAGAUGACCUGUGUAAGGUACACAAGCUGAAGCCCUCUCAGAAGUGGAAGCAAGCAUUCGAUAGCUACCUAGAGGAAGUCCCCAGAUACUAUGCAGGGCCACUGAAAGUCGCUCUAAGGCGGAUGGGUGCGCCCAACCUAAUACCCGAUGGCCUAGAGAACUGCCUGAGUUACAGUGUGGUGACGUACCUCAAGAAGCUCAAGCAACGGAGCAAGGUGGAAGGAGAGAAGUUAGCUAACCUCGUCGCCAGCCGACCCCGAGCUCAGGAGCUCGGUAUCAAAGUACAAUCUAGGUCUCCGUUGCGCUCUCUGGCAGCACGGCGAGACUUCCAACAGCUGCUCCAAAGCAUCACCGGCGAGACAAUCACGGUCCGGGCGGAUAACAACGUCAACGAGUUCCCGGGUUACAUGCUGCGGGUGAGCGACCGUGACAUCAGACCCCAGACCUAUCGCAACCCCUUUGACAUUCCCCGGAAGGAGAUCUUGGAUCAGGUAUUCAGGAUGAGGGCCAAUUUCCUCCAGAUCACGUCAAACAGGGCUGUCAGAUUCAUGAAUGAAGAUAAAUUCCACAACAUUCCCAUAGGAGAGAUGGGCAACUACCAGGAGUACUUGAAGCGGAUACCAAGCCCUCUACGGGAAGCAGACCCCGCCCCGGCCAGGCUUCACACGUUUGGAAACCCGUUCAAAUUGGCAACAGAGAAGGAUAAGAAAAUGAUGGUCGACGAGGCAGACAUCAACGAGCACAUGGCGGGCAUACCUCAGAAGAGGCGUGCCUCGGACAGCAAUCUUUCCCUCAAGAAGCUGAAGGGAGCGUCACCGCCUAGUCGUAGACCCACGUCCCCUGCCGCCCUGGGGGCCCUACUCAAACAACCGUUGCAUCAGCUAGUCCAGCGAAGGGCACAGAAUGCACAGAAUGCAACCAACGGCAGUAAUAAGGAGAAUAAGAAUUCUGGUUCAUCAACCCCGGAAAGGUUGCCAACGCCGGAACUCAAACCCCAAGAACCUCCUGCAUCGGGCGACGAAUCGGGAAGCUCUUCGGACGAGCUUGUCAUCAUCAUGGAUGGCAUCAAUGAUGAGGUUGCCAUGGAAACAAACAGCAAUGCAUCCUCGGAGGACGAAGCCACGCCCACAUCGCCGUCUCCAUCAUCAUUAUCAUCAUCAACACUUCCAGUUUCAUCAGGGUCAUCGACGACCACCAGCAAUCACGUCGACUCUAAGAAAUCCAACAGCAAACACCGCAAGAUGAAUAAUAACAAUGUGCUUCCACCAUCAGAGCCAUCAACGACAAACAAUGCGAGGAAUACCGCCUAUGAGCGGAUGGACUCAGUGAACUCAGAUAUUGACGUGAAUGUGGUCAAUUCCAGACUUAGAACUAAAGUAAUUAGAGAGGUCAGAAAACCAGGCAAAAACUUCAGACGUCUCUUCGAGGAGCUCAACAAGAUCCAGGGCGACAUGGACACCAAAUACCUCUUCAUCGAGAGCAUCAUCAACGAGGCCAAGCGAUUCCGACGCAAGACCCUGAUCGGCAUGCUGGAGAUGUUCCGUAGUUCCAUGGUGACCUUCGAGAAGAAACAAUCGUUAGGAAGCACAGGAUCCAAUCACGUCAGAUAGCACUGUAUCCGUUGGAUUAUACUUUGAACUGUAUCACAGUCACUGGACAGUGCUUUCCUAUUCUCGUCGUGUCGAUUUCUGUCCACAGUUGUAAUUUAUUUAUUGUUUUGUAAGGUGUUCAUCCUUUUCAUUUUUCUCCUGUAGUUUUUUUCUUAAAAGUAUUUUCAAUUUUUGUUCGAUUAUUUUUUUUUCCUUUCCCUUUCAGUGUUUGAUUUUGAUAAGCAAAAUAAUCGUAAGAAGUUUUCAAAGAUCCUCAAAAGACUUAUGUUCAAGUUGCAGGUUACAACUUGUAUGUAGUGUCAAAGCUGCAUUCCAAUUUGCCAAAUGCCUAUUGAGUCAUGUGACCUCUUCAGUGGACUAUUACCUUUAAUAUCCAACUUGACCCUUAGUUUAUACCCCCCUAGUUCUAGGGUUAAUGAGCAAAAAUGAAGCAUGCUAGAUACUCAUCGGGGUCCUGUAACACAAAGGUUAGUGAUUAAUCGUACGCUUGAUUUUCACGAUCGAUUGUACAUUGUAGUCAAUGGAAUCAAUCGUAGAAAAGUGUUUUUCUACGAUCAUUGCUAAGCUUUGUGUUACGGGCCCCAGAUCGUGGUUGGAUGGUAUGUGCCAUUCGAUGGUCUUAAUGAGAUCAGGGGCCCGUUUUGUAAAGAGUUACAACUGUUUUAACUUUGUCAUUAUGGCAACCACCAUUCUAGUGGUUACGACCCUCGUCUUUCAAUUAGAGGGUCGUGGGUUUGAAUCCCAGCCAUGGUGUGUUUUCCUUCAGCAAGAAAUUUAUCCACAUGGUGCUGCACUCAACCCAAGUGAGGUGAAUGGGUACCUAGCAGGAUUAAUUCCUUGAAUGCACCCAGUGCUGGAAGGCAGCUCCAGCUAAAGCGGGGGCAACAAUAAUAGAGCUCCUCAGAAUAGGUUUUUUUAUCUAGAUGGUGCUAUGUAAAUGCCUAUUACCAUUAUUAUUACCAUGGAAACGGGGCUUCGCAAGAUGAUCACAAUCAAGGUUUCCAUAAAAGGCAAAAUUACGACUCUAUAUGAAAUGGGUCCUUGAUACUAGAUGCAAUUUGGAACUCAGUAAAUAACUCCCCAAGAUCUCUUCAUACAAAAUUGAUUGUUGUUGAAUUGCGUUCUUUAAUUUUUUUUUCACUUUUUCCUUCCUGGCCUUGUUUCAGAUAUGUGCCUUUUUUUCCAGUCGCUAUUGACAGUCAAGGAAUCCCUUGGGAGUAUUUCAUGGAGCCAGUGGAAUUGCUCUCAUCCAAUCAGCUGCGAGCAUUUCAGCAGCUUGUAACAGUUGUCAAUGGAAGCUACUCCAUGAAACCCUCCCCCUGGUCGAUGUCUUUGGCGAUGGAACUGCUUACACACAUGUAUUCAAAUGUCAACCUUUUCAUAAUUAUGUGUUUUACGAUGAUUCUGUGGCAAGAAGGGUAUGUUGUUAAACCCCUUUACUUAAGAUAUGGGGGCGGGGGUUGUUUUACAAAUAUCUGAGCCCUACUAAAUGUCAUGCAUAAGUACGUGUACCAGCUUGCACAUGAUACUUAACAUGCAUCUCGUUGAUUAUUACGCAGUAGACUGCUUCCCAUGACGGUGAUGCUUUCCAUACCUAACGCAAUUUGGGAUUUCAAGUGUGAUAUUAAUCAUACUUGACUUUCUGUGAAACUCACCCCAGGACCCUUAUGCAUUGAGUUACAUGUUCCAAUUGAGUAAAUUUCCAAUCCAAUGGUAACUACCAUUGUAACAAUACUGAACAGCCAAUCAUAAUCAAGGAUUCUGUGGUAGUUACCACUGGAUAUCAAAGUCAUUGUAAUGGUAACUUUUAAGUAAUGACCCUUAAUGUAUUUUUUUCAUGUUCAAGGAUUAGAUGCAAUGGGAAUGAUGAUGUAAUUGAUAAAUUAUGAAUAAAACUUGCCAGGAAUUUAGAGGAAGGAGGGGUAGGGUUAGAACACAAAUAUUUCACAAGCUAAAAUUUUUCACUAUUUUCAUGAAUUUGAAAAGUCCACCACUUUCAAAUUUUCUUUUGGUCACUGCUAUCCAUAAAAGAAAAUAAAUCUGUAUCUGAAGAAAACCAACAAGUAGUGAAUAUCACUUUUGAAAAGAAAUUCUGAAAAUCCUGAUGUGAAAAUUUUGGCUUAAACAUGAACUUGUCUAAUUGAUAUUCCAAUUAAAACGUAAAGCAUUCUGUUCCUUGGUAAAUCUUUGUUCCCCAUAUUGCUAUUGUCUAAACGUGAAUCAAGUUUUUGUUUUGUUUUCAAUGUUCCAAUUGAAAUCUUAAUACACAAGACUAUUGAAAUGUAUGUAUGGACAAAUAAAAAAAAUGUUUUAGAAGAAUUUAUAUUAAAAAGUGAUAUACUCUGUUGUAUUUGUA